AUGCCAUUUUUAAAUCAACGACAACAACGAGGCCGCUACGCGACUAAUGCGUGUACUAAUUGCCGAAAAAAACACAUAAAGUGUUCCGAAGAAACUACUUGCAAAUCUGUUAACGUUUUUGAAUGCAACUUCGAUAAAGUCCCAAAUAUCGAGCAUGAAAACACAUUAACUCAAUCUAGCGUACCCAUUUCUCUCUGCCUCAACUAUAAUAAUACCAAUGAUAUUAUGCGCAAUAAUAACGUACCAGUUAAUUUUUUUGGCAACACAUUUUCUUUACCUAAUAAUUUAUCCCCUUAUCCUUCUUCUAUUGCUUCUAAUUUAGAUUAUAUAUUCUGA